GCGCUCGGCGAUGGGCGGGGCUGCGGUACGGCGCGCGUCCCCUCUCCCGCCAGGACGGACGUACGAGCUGCGGCGUCGUGAUCCUCGUCAACAUGGCUGCCGAGCGAGCUUCCGUCCUGCUGUGUCGUCAAGGUGGGGCUUAGUCGAAGGUACCCCCCCCACACACAUACACACACACACUAACCCUAUCUCAAUAACUCACCCCAAAGACAAAGGGGGACGGGGCCAUGUCCCAAUCCAGCAACGUCCUCCGUCUGUAUGUGGAAGUCAGGUCCGCUUCUGAUCCUAGCGGAGGCGGGGAAACUUUUGGAAGACGUGAACGCAGUCCUCCUCUGACCCGCUCGGGACUUAAGGACAACGCUCGGGACCUCCUGUCCCAGCUCAGCAGCCAGACCCCCACCAGGUGUCAGACACGUGGUCCUAACCUACUCCACCAGUCUCCUUCAGACUCUGGAAGGUCUCAGCUCCAUCAAGCUAUUAGCGCUCCCUGGGCAUCCGAGCGCUGGAGUCAACCAUGUGACAUGAAGACUUCCAGCAAGGCCUGCUCCAACAGGAAAGACGUCAUUGAUGGGAAGCGGUCUGUGGUCUCCUUCAGUUACGUGCAGAAGUCCAACGUGAAGACUUUAAACAGUCCAGGGAGCAAUCAGGAAAGAUCUAACCGGGUCCACAAAAGGAUCUCUGACCCUCUUUGGUUUGGGAAUCCCAGUUCCUCAUGCAGCUCGAGUCCCAAAGUGACAUUCCGACCUUCAGGUUCUCUGGACCCCAUCAGCAGGGCUGCAACUCGGAGGGCUUUGGAAGACUUUGGUUCACCGUUAUUGAGGCUCAAAGUGGCGCACGCGCUGGAGCGCUCGGCGUGGUCCCAGACCCACCGUCCGGCCCGCUGUCAGUCCUGGUCUGGCUCCCCUGUCCUGCAUCACAACAUGAACCUGAAAGACCGUGGGAUGUGGGGCUGGCCUCAGACUCCAGUGUCAGACCGACAGGCCUCACAGUCCCCGAGCCCCCUUUUCCGCGGCCAAAGACCUGCUGACUUUGGAGAUGACAUCAUGGAAGGCUUAAACCAGUUGAGUGACGUCUCUAAACGUUCACCCCGCUGCUGGGCUCAUCCCGAAGAAUCCGGACCCACGACUCCACAACAAAGCCUGAAGAUGAACAUCCCAGUACACGUGGCAGCCGCAGACCAGGCUCCUCCCAUAGGGGGACCCCUCCACCAGUCCGGCCACCUCCUGAGCUCGGCACCGCCGGCUCGGUCGCCCUCCCAUCCUACCCGUGUCCACCUCCCCUCUCGCCCUCCUACCGAGCUCAGCUCCCCCAUCAGGGACCCUGGCCUGUCCCUGGCCAAGCGCCGGCCACCUGCCAGCCCCACCCUGCAUCGAUGCCAGGCGCCCCAGUACACCGGCGGGAACUGGAGGGGCUCAAGGUGCAGAGAAAGGGGAGAGCACUCGGAGAUGACCGGCCAAGUCUUCAUCGCUCAGAGUUUCGAGGGGGCACCCGAUAAGGGGCGGAGUAGCAGUCAGUUCCCGGUCCCAGUCUGCGGGACCUGGCACGGGGUGGGUCUGUUCCCAGUCCCGGACAGCGACCAGACUUGCGGUGAGCCCGGCCGGCUUGGAUCUCUCAACCCGACCGUGCAACAGAAGCGAGCGGAGCAGAGAAGGAGAGAGCACCUCCUUCUGGGCCCCGUGGUCCCGGACUCUCCGGACGAUGACCGGGACCGCCCUUUGGAGGCCAUGGGAGGAUCCUCACGGAGCUCCAGCGGGGUAACGGGCAGUUUGGGAGACGGGGAGUGCGUGUCACCAGAGUCCCUUCAGUCCGGUCACCAGGGCAACGAGAGCGGAGCCUCCACUGGAAGAAUACAGACGGACAGCGCGGCACCCGUCCUAUCGCUGCACUGUCAGAAGAUCGCUCGAGCCAAGUGGGAGUUUCUCUUCGGACCCGAAGAGGGCGCCGGCGGCGGGCCCGCAAGUAACCGAGGACUCAUUUGUUGGCUUGACUUUGUGGAAGCUUCCACAGCGCCGCCAAGUGGAAACUCCAGCGAAUCGCCCACCCCCACGCCUCCGUCCUCCCUGCCACCGCUCUCCGCCAGUCAGCACGUCCGACACGUUGAGGUGGAAUUGGUGACCCCGCCCCCUCCCGUCGGGUGGUCCCUCGAAACAGGCGUCAUCCGCCGGACCCUGAAAUACUCGGAGACGGACCUGGACGCCGUCCCGCUGCGCUGCUACCGAGAGACGGACAUCGACGAGCUGCUGAUGGACGGGCGGGACGACGACGAAGACUCAGCGUUUGCGAGCAACAGAAGCGUCCACGGCGGGAGUCCUCAGGGGUCAGGGCUGGGGCCUUACGGGUUUGGAUUAGGGGCUGAUAGCGGAACGGGGGAGGAAGAGGGGAGUCGAGGACGAGACCAGGAAGAGAAGGAGCACGAGGUGGUGAGCUGGGCCAGUGUGAGGAUGCAAGGAGACGACAGGAAGCGACAGGACGCAGCACGGGAACAGGAACAACGCUGCCCGCGCAUGAAGAGGGCGUCGGAGUGUUUCUUCGACACCCACCGCCCGGCUCUUAAAUCGCCCAUCCGGGUGUCGGGUCCCCGUGGCGCCGCCGAGGACGCCUUCAGCCGCCAUUUUGAGAGCAUCAUGGAGUCGGCGUGUGCCAAGGGGACAUCCUAUGACAGUCUGUAUGGCCGGGCCACUGCGGGGCGCCCGGCCAUGGCGCCGCUGGCCCGCCAGGAGAGGCCCACCCUGUCUGACUCCGACGCCACGCGGGCGCCGUCCAGCGAGAGGCUGAGCAGCGGCUCGGAGGACACGCCCCCCGGGAGGCGGGGCUACUCUCAGCCGGGCAACAGCCGGGGCAGCCGGGCGCCGUCCGUGCUGAGGGAGACGGCGGUCCAGCGGGGGGUGUCGGACCGAGAGGGGGACGCGAGCGAUGACGCGACGCGCCAGCUCAGCGGCAACAACGACUCCAGCCGCCCGGUGGCCGACGAGUACCUGACGCUCUUGGACUUCUCGCACCUCCGCCUCGACCGAGCUCUCAGGUGUGCGCGUGUGCCGGGUUGCGUGACGUGCUCAACCGCGCCCUCUGGUGGUCAGCCGGUGCGCGUGUGUGUUUUCAGGGUGUUCCUGCAGCAGGUGGCGGUCUUGGGGGAGAGUCACAAUCGAGAGAGGCUCCUCGCCCACUUUUCUCGACGUUAUUGGCUGUGCAACCCCAGACUUUUUGCUUCGUCGGAUGCCGUCCACACGCUGACGUGUGCGCUCGUGCUGCUCAACGCCGACCUGCACGGCCCAAAUACUGGCGCGAAGAUGUCACGCCCGCAAUUUGUCGACAACUUGGAAGGGCUCGACGAUGGACGACACUUCCGCAAACAUCUGCUCAAAGCACUCUACAACUCCAUCAAGACUCAGAAGCUACAGUGGACCCUCGACGAGGAGGAACUGAGGAAGUCCUUUUCGGAACUCGGGGACAGCCUGUGCGACUCGUCCAGCUCGGCUAAGGGGGCGGGCGGCGGCGCGGGCGACGACGGCGAUGACGGGACAGUGGUGGAGGACGAGACGGCGCCUUGCGGGAUGCCGCUUUACAAGAACGGCUUCCUGGUCCGCAAAGUGCACGCCGACUCGGACGGGAAGAGAACGCCGAGAGGAAAGCGAGGCUGGAAGACCUUCUAUGCCAUCUUGAAAGGGCUCAUCCUCUACCUGCAGAAGGGCGAGUACCGCGCCGACAAGCCGCUGACGGACGAAGACCUGAAGAAUGCCGUGUCCGUCCAUCACUCGCUCGCCAUGAAAGCGUUCGACUACAGCAAACGUGCAAACGUCUUCUACCUGCGCACCGCCGACUGGAGGCUCUUCCUCUUCCAGGCGCCGAACGCCGAUCAGAUGCAUUCGUGGAUUACUCGCAUUAACACGGUGGCGGCCACGUACUCGGCGCCGCCUUUCCCCCCCGCCAUCGGCUCCCAGAAGAAGUUCAGCAGGCCGCUGUUGCCGGGCAACGUCUCCAAACUCUCCGAGGAGGAGCAGGUCCGGUCCCACGAGGCCCGUCUGCGGGCCGUCUCUUCGGAACUGGCCGAGCUGCGUUCGAGUCCUCCGGAACGCAAGAUGAAAGCCAGGCAGCUGGACCAGCACCAGCAGAGGGAGCAGCAUCUGCGCUUUGAGAAAACGCGCUACGAGACGUACGUCGCUCUGCUGCGGGCCAAGAUGGAGGCCGGCGGCGGCGGCGGCGGCGGCGGAGAGGACCGCCCGCGGGCUCCCGAGGACGACGAGGGCGACCCGCGCGGGGCGCGGUCCGACCCGGCGACGCAGGACGCCGGCCGGGCCGGCGUUCGCCGAGCGGGCGGCGAACCUCGGCAGGACGUCCAGAGGCACAGCUACAGGCAAGCCGUGAAGAAGUGAGGGCGGCGGCGGCACGCCCGUUUCUUUGCUUUGGAGCCGCCGCCCUAACCUGUGCCCGCCUCCUCCUGAGGCCCUCGUGCCCGCCGCCCGCGUGGAUCGUGGGAUGGGCGGGGAUAACGGCGUCCAAAUUGGCACCCGCCGAGAACAGGAAGGUGCCUGACGAGUGGCGCGUCGGACGCCGCUUUUACUGGCCUUCACUCGCUUCCUUUCCUUUCCUCUCCUCUUUUCUUUGCUUUGCUCUCUUUUCCUUUCCUGUGUAUUCUUUCGUUUCCUUCUGCCUUUCGACUUUUCUUCAUUCUUAUGUCGUCACUUCCUGUGCGGAGACGAGCGAACGCUUCUGUCUUCGUCUUAUUUUGCGCUUCUUGUGUUGUUUUGUUUGUCUUUUUUGUUAUUUUUCAGUUCUUCUCUUCUUCCCAUCGUCUUUUCUUCUUCAAUUCUCUCGUUUUUCUUCUUCUUUCUCCGCAACCAGCAGGGGGCGCUGUGCUGCGUCACCGUCACAUUUCCGGCCACCGGACGCAUCUGGAACGCUCUAUCGACUUUUCUCUCGCGGCGCAUUCGCCUGAAGGAUGCUUGACCUUGAACGCGGAGGCGUCCGCUUGUUUUCAAAAGUGUCGAUCAUCCUCUCGACCGGAUGUUCAUUGGUUGGCGGCGGCGCAGCUCGCAGAGCCCCGCCCCCUCGCACGCUCAACGGGUUUGACAUUUGAACUUUCUUCACUUUCAAUUAAGCGCAAUUAUUUUAGUGCACGUGUGUGUUUUGUGCGCGUGUGAUACCAUGUGUUUGUGUGUGCGUGAGUGUGCGCAUGCGUGUCCUGUUUUUGUGUACGCGUGUUUCAAACCACGCCCCCGUGUUGGGGACUGGCUGCAAAGACCGGUUACCAUGGUAACCACAGCGUCAGCAUCCAACAGGCGAUGCGAGCGGGCGUGUGCGUGAAGUCGGCGUGACCGCGGCGAUCGCCGUGGCAACGUUUGAACGCGAUCGUUGUAAAUAAAAGCAUGUUUGCUGGACUCAAUUUGGACUUUGGGCACAAAGCGUUUGUGAACAUUUUCAUCAGCUUGAACACCAACUUUUCUUUGUUCGGCAUUGUGACCACAAAAAGCAUCAAAGUUGUGCUGCUAAAUGUGUUCAAACGUGUCAAAUGACAUGUCAUGUAAAUAAUGUUACAGCGGACCCGCUGCCGGCGCGGGUGAGGGACGGAGAAAAUUGACGCCCAUUAGAAUUGUAUUAGUUUCUUUAAAACCCGCAAAUGAUUGCUCAAGAAGGGCUACGGUGCAAAUAUUCCCCCCCAAAAAGAGAAAAGGUGGCGCGGGUGCCGGACGGCGGGUAUGCGGGGACCCGCUGUAGCUAAGACGCAAGCAUGCCGACUUGUGCGUCACGUGUCAAUUGAAGAAUUGUGUUGCAAUGACAUCGCAACAGGUGACUAACAUGUUUAUUAAUAACCAUAUUCCCAUUCUUAACCCCCACAUAUUUGCAGUUUGGCGUUCCCAAAUGCGGAUUUUGGGGGAACGUUAUUGGUCCCCCGCCGGUCAACUGGCUGCGUUGCGUGUGUUUGUCGGCGCUCGCCGUGACGUCGCCACGCGUUUUCCCUCCCGAAGAAGACAACGUGCUUGUUACCGGAGCCGCUUUCUUGGACUUGAUUUGCCCGUUUAGACACACACAUCUGCGCCGCCUUGUUUUUGCUGCUAUAUGUUUUAGUUGAAUAAAAACUUGUUGGUUUUCUUCAA